CUAUCUAACAAACACCACCCAGUUCCAAUAUGAAAUUCCUAAUCGUCUUCGUCGCCCUCUUCGCCAUGGCCGUGGCCCGCCCCAACGAAGUCGGAAUCGUGAGGCAGGAUUCCGAUGUCGGACCCGAAAGUUGGAGCUCCAAUGUUGAGCUCACCGACGGAACCAAGAUCGACGAGAAGGGUCAGCUGAAGGAUAUUGGCACCGAGCACGAGGCCGCCGUCGUCCACGGAUCCUACUCAUGGGUGGAUGAGAAGACCGGAGAGAAGUUCACCGUCACCUACGUCGCCGACGAGAACGGAUUCCAGCCCCAGGGUGCUCAUUUGCCCGUGGCUCCAGUCGCCUAAAUUAUUUAAAAGACUAAAAUAAAUUGAUUGUUAAUUGCAAAAA